AUGUUAUCAGCAUGUGAUCUUCUGCCGGGACCUUCACAUGAGAAUGACGAUGAAAGUAUUUGGCAGUCAACGGAUAGUACUACAAUAUCACGUAAUACCACGUGGCAUAAUAUUUCUUCUGCAGCAACUGCUAUGUUGGAAUACAUUCUGAUGGCACCAACUUCAGCUGCAAUACCAUUACAUGAACAACCAGUAACAUUUCUUAAUCAAAAUCGACCGUAUGAAAUUAAAUGUCGUAAAUGUGCACUUGAACCAUAUUCCGAUGGACAGGAUUCAUGUUACAAAACAGUGAUAACCAUUUGUUUCGACAGCAAAAAGUUGCGCUACCAGAUGAACGACUUAAUGGAAAUAUGGAAGGCGAAAAAUCCAGGAAAACGCUUCUUCACAUUAGAUAUGCCGCGCUGUUCAAAUGUAUCACAAGUCAAAUAUGCGUUACGUUCAGCUGAAUUUGUAUGGGAUGGUUCGCUACCAAAUGCUUCUUUGUUUAUCAAAUUUUUCGUCUUAAGCUCGGAUUUUGUUGAUAGCUGCGGUGAGAAGGGAGAACCAUUUCGACUCGUUUUCCAAACUUAUUCAUACAGAUCAUUAGAACUUUUGCAGCAAAAUAGUUCACUUAUUCAAAUUUUCAAGCUUCAUGGUGCGGAGAGGAAGAGAAGAACAGAACGAAAGAAAGCAACAUUGCAUGCGAAUCAGGAGCAAUAUCAGCCAUCGUAUGAUUAUACUUUCUUAUUGGGUGCAGAUUUUGAUUAUGAUGUCGAUAGUGAAGAAAGAGUAACUCCUACCGAACAAGUCGAAUACAUUGGAGCUUCAUUGGGAAGGAGUAAACUUCUACGUGUUGCGACUGCAUUUGAUGAUAUGGAGCAAGUGAUAUCGAAAAGGCAUUGUAAUUUAUCGGUGGAUAGUAAUUAUUCACGAGAAAAUUCAGUAACUGAAGCAGAUAUUAAUGAAGUGCGCAUUUGUGCUAGUCAUUCAGCGGCUUUUGUUAUGAAAUGGCUGGAAUCACAUCGUUUUACCAACUGCACUCAUAUUUUUAACAAUUACAGUGGAGAAGAUAUUCUUCGAUUAAGCACACUAGAUUUGAAUUCUCUGAUUGGUGAUAAAUCCGAAGCUUUGCGUUUAUUUCAGGCAUUACGUAAAAAAGCACUUGAACCACUGAUAACAAUUUAUAUGGCAUUAGAAGGAAAUAGCAUAUACAACAUGAUAAGGUUGUACGAUGGAACUUUGGAUGAGUUAAAGGAGAAAAUGGGAAAAAUUACCUCUUCAGCGGUGAGACAAAUAUUCGUCCGUGGACCACGUGAUAUUCUAAUUCGUGUUACUGAUCAGGUUAUUGAAAGUUGGCAAAAUGAAUCGAUAUUUCGAAUAAUGCGGAUAAAUAAUGAGUGCACAUUAAUAGUGGAGAAAUGA